AGCUAUCCACGGUGCGGUCUUCCAGACACAAUGCACCCUAGAACACAAUCCAUACGUGUCAUUUCCAAGGAACUGAGUAACAUAGCGGCAAAACAAUUAAAUGAAGACCCUAAGCGAACUAGAGAAACUCUUGAAGCUUUUGAUGAAUGGUUGAAGAAGCAACGACACUUACAGGUCAGAAACGAUUACCAACACCUGAUUGCUUUCCUUCGUGGGUGUAAAUGGAGUCUUGAACGAGCUAAACAAAAAAUUGAUGGUUAUUACACAUUUAAAACACUGAUUCCGGAACUGUUCCGUGAGAGGGAUCCUUUAUCAGAUGAAAUGCAAGCAGCACGUAGGACCGGUUUGAUUGCUCUCCUACCAAAUGGAAAAGGACACGCUGGGCCAAGAACCCUAUUCAUAACUUUUCACGAGGCGAUAUCGGUGCUGACAACAUGUAAAGCACUUACCUCUGCUGUUGACAUGUUAAUGAUAGAAGACGACAAUGCUGUUAUUUCUGGAUUACAAAUAAUAGCAGAUUUUUCAGGGAUUACUGCGGGACAUUUGUUACAUUGUACACCUGCGCUUAUGAAAAAGUGUGCAACGUGCAUUGAGAAGAUGUAUCCCAUCAGAAUGAACAAACUGAUUACUAUAAAUACUCCAAAACCCGCAGAAGUAAUAUACAAUACCCUGGUUAAUCCGUUUUUGAGCGACAAACUUAAAAAGAGGGCUUUCGUUCUAUCGAUACAAGGCUGGAAAGAAGCUGUUGGCAAUGAUAUACUUUCAUUACUUCCCUUGGAAUACGGUGGCGAUAACCUACCAUUAAACUUUCUUAAGGACGAAUGGUCUAGGAAAUUUAAAAGUUACAGGGACUGGUUUAUAGAGGAUGACACCUAUUCAUGCGACGAGACCUAUCGAUCUCGAUACACAUGCAGCAAAGAUUUAGGAAUGGAGGGAUCUUUUCGAAAGUUAUCUAUCGACUAGUUUUUAAUUAAAUUUCUCGUUAUUAAGUGUACAGUGCGAUAGGUAUAAAUAAAUCUGGCGAACCUAAUAUGAAUUACAUAAUAUGUACCUACGUGCGCGAAGUGCAAUCAAAUCUGUUUAUCGUUUGUUUUAAAAUGCUAUACUAACUUUCCUAGUAGUCAAGUUUUAUUACAAUACACGUAAAAUGGUAACUUGGUUAAAUGAAAAUUUACACAUAGCCGUAAUAUCUUAAUGUUUGCUUCUUGUAACAUUAAAUAAAAACAAAAUGGUCUAUUUAACAGCAA